ACAGCAAUUGAGGUCUGCUGUUGAAAUGUAUUGGGUUUAAAAAGCCAAGUCUUGGCACUAGCAAUGGGAAUUCUUUAAAUAAACAGUGUGGAUUGAGGAGGACUUUGUAGAUGAUUUAGUACAUGCCCAGUAAGAGGAGUGGAAGAUGUAUCUGCAAUUGUUGGUGAAUGCCGUUUCAAAGACAAGAGAAGAGAAUGAAGCAGUGUUAGUUUAGCUUGAAAACAGGAUAGAAAAUUAAGUCGAUAAAAAUAUUGGCUGUGAUGUAAUACAGGAACAACUGAAGCAGCAGCAUCUGCUGUCUCUGGGAACGCAAGGGACUGGGAAUGGGAUUUUCACUGGUGAGCUACGAAGGGUGUUUACAGUAGACCAUUUACACUAGUAGUCUGCCAAUUGAAACACAUUGUGGAUGAUGUCAGAGGAGAGCCUUUAAACCAAAGGAAACAGGACAGAAGAACAGAAAUGUUUAAGGAAUGGACUGACUGGUACUGAGGAGUGAGAAGACUGAACAGUCCGUUUUUAAAACAAUGAGCAGCUAAACCCACAAUGACAUCAGUGGAUACAAUGAAAACCGCUACACAGAGGAGAGGCUGGGUUACUUUUAAUGAUGACUCACCCCUUACAUCAGUACGAUACAAGAAAGACGAUAACCACGGUGUGGCUCAGACAGACCCUCACCCUACCCAGCAGACCUGUCCUCUGACCACAGCCCCCAAGAGCACGGUAUUUAAUCCACAGUCCUCUCCUGAAAACAGAAGCUGGAUCCAGUUUGAUGACAAGCCAUGGAGCAAUGUGCAGCCACAAGCAACAUGCUCAUCUGUAGGAGCCCCGAAUCAGAACCUUUGCUCCUCGGUCAGCUUUUGGAGCCCCGCGCCACCCUCUGAGACCAGCAGGACAGCACGCUCCGAGGACCCCAGCUUUCUCAGCAUCACCCCAUCCUACACUGACCUGCAGUCAAAUAGCACUGAGGACCAGCAGAGCAGUGGCAUGUCAAGAGCUGACUCACCAAAUUCUUCUGUCUUUCAAGAAGAUGAAGAUAUAGACAUGGAUGCAGCUAACUGGCUUCAAACUGAUAAACAAAUGAAUGGACAGUCAGACAGAAAAAAGACCCGCUUUGCAAGCUGGGUCACCUUCGAUGACGAUGAGGACUCCUGCUUUCUUCCUUCUUCAAAACCUUUAAAGGUUGAUAACUUCAGCCAUGCUCCCGCUCAAGACUCCAACAGUAACUUGAUGAUCUCUGAAGGACAUUCGCUAAAGACAGAGGUGACAAGGAACUUGUUUGAUUUUACUCCGGAAAAGACCAAUUACGUUUUCACUCCCGACAGUCCUCCAGCAAAUACCAGAACACCAUGCAGUAAGGUAAAUCCAUUUUUGGACAGCAAACUUUUGGAUGUUCAGCCAUCACCCAUUAACCCUUUCAGUGCCUACUUUGAUAAGCAGGAGCCCCCGCUUGUUGAUACGUCAGAGAGCAAUGGAUCAGAGAGUCCUCAGGUGUAUUCAUUCAGCUCUCCCUUUCUCACUGAAGGAGUCGAUGUCAAAAGAGACUCCGUCCUGCUUUUCUCUCCUGUUUUUGAUACCAGCAUCCACGAGGACAUGUUCAAUAAUGUUCCUCAAAAUCAAACCUUAGAGCAAUUGAAGCAGAUGCAAAUUGCAGAUGAAGCAGAUAAUCCUACCAUGCCUGAUGAACCCAUAGAUUCGAAUGAACUUGAUGAACCACCUUUUGUGCCGUCCCACUUGGAGCCUAAAGAUGGUUGGCCAAUGAUGCUAAGGAUACCUGAAAAGAAGAGCAUGAUGUCAUCCAGGCACUGGGGAGUGAUUCAUGUGAAACUGACAGAGGCCGGUUGCUUACAACUUUAUUAUGAAAAAGGAAUGGCAAAACCUUUUAAGACGCUUCAGUUGAAUGCUAACCACGGGUUAUCAGAGCCCAAGCUACAAACCUUUGAUGAAAAUGGGAAAAUUCACACAAUACGGAUAGACCAUGUAACUUACAAGGAAAAAAAGAAAUAUCAGCCAAAGGUAGCAGUAGUUCACACACCCAUAAUUGAACAAAUUGUUAAACUUGGAACAAAAAAUUACGAAGAUUUUUUGAGUUUUAUAUCAGCGGUUCAAAAUACUUUGAUGAGUCUGCCACUGGAUGUGGACACAUAUUUGCGUCCUUCGAAUUACUUGGAGGACGAGAUAUCCAUAGAAGUUAGGGAUGAGUUUUGUGGUGUGGUGGCCAAAGGGGAUAACCGAAUCUUACGCCAGUCAGUGGUGACUCAUGUCAGCGUUUUGGCUUUUGUUUCAGGGACACCAGUAUGCAGGAUAGGUUUUAAUGAUGUCCAAAUCAAGGGAAAUGAAGUUGUUUCUAGACAUGACAUAGUUCCAAAUAGCACAACAAGAUGGAUUAAACUCAGAGACUGCCAGUUUAACAAAUACGUGGAUGAAAAGGAAUUUGCAAAUACAAGAUCUAUUGCGUUUGUUCCCCCGAGCGCACAUAGGUUUGAGUUGAUGCGCUUCAGGACAGCUUUUGCAGAAAAAACCCUGCCUUUUACUCUCAGGACCAUAGCUACUGUCAAGGGAGCCGAGGUGGAACUACAGUCUUGGUUAGUGACGUCAUCAGGGUUUUCAUCCAACCGGGAUCCACUGACUUUGGUUCCCUGUGAAAAUGUGAUGAUCCGCUACCCUGUCAGGCAAACUCUGAUAAAGAAUUUCCGUCGGGAGAGUGUCACAGGAGAGAAGUCUUUGAAAGCCAAAAUGAAUAAAGGGGCAAGUUUUGGUUCCUCCAGCGUCUCCGGGACAGAGCCUGUAAUGAGAGUGACUUUGGGAACUGCCAAAUACGAGCAUGCUUUUAAGGCGGUGGUAUGGAGGAUCAACAGACUUCCUGAUAAAAACUCAGCUUCAGGCCACCCUCACAGUUUCUUCUUUCAUCUGGAGCUGGGCUCGGACCGGGAGGUGCACUCGAUGUUUGCACGACACCUGGACGUGGAGUUCGACAUGCCUGCGGCCUCAGCCUCCAAAGCCACUGUGCGCUCCCUGUCUGUCGGAGAGAAAAGCGAUGUGAAGAAAUGGGUCCGCUACAAAGCACAUUACUGCUACCAGGUUGAAGUUGAACUGAAAAUUGAUCAAAUGCAGGAGAUGAAUGGAACACAGACAGACCAACCAAAUGAAUGUGGCCAGCAGUAAGCACUGGAAAGAACAUUGAUUCAGGGAUAAAGGAUUUUAAAACAAUGGUGCACUUUGGAGAGAGUAACACAGGAGAGGAUGCAUUAAUGUAUCCGUUUGCAGUUUGAAAAACAAAGUAACACUAUUUUCAGGUGACACUGCCUGGCAAGGUAUUGAGCAAAACAUCUGACUGCUUCACUAUUGGUUUGACUGCUUCAGUUUGCUCAGUAUUCAGUUACAAGGAUGCCAGUUGCUGGCUGUGGUAUGAUAAAAGAUUUAAACCUGCUUCACCAGCACUGGAGAAGCAUACAAUUAAAAUACAUAACCAUGUGUAUGUGUAUGCUUUGUAUUUGCUUUUUUUUAAAUUCCAGACACUUAUUAAUUCUUAAGUGGAUUCUAAACCUUUAUUAAAUCAAGCUCUCAUUAUGCACCUCCUCAUCUUCUAAAUAGCUGGAUUUUAAUAGAUUUGACAGCUUUAUUUCUUUUGGGUUGGUAUUUUGAAAACAGUACAGUACAGUGCUCCCUUUUUAUUUUGCUGUCUGAGACAUAUCGGAGAAUCGUGAAAUAUUGAAAACAGUAAAUUAAAGAAGGGCCCUUAUUAGGGAACGUGACAAUUUACUGCUGGCAUGCCCUAACCGUGAAUGAACCCAGUUUGUGAAUGAUCAAAUCCUGAAAUAACGUGUUAAUGAGAUAAAAGAAUCCAUUUGAUGGCCAGACAGUUUUCAAAAGCUGAAAGUUUAAUAUUAUAGUCAAAUUCACGAAGUAUUUGAUAAAGGAGAAUAUCAAUAUUGUUUAAUUAGACAGCAACAUCAUUUCAAAUGCUGGUUUGACGGUGGAGAACAGCUUCCUUUUGUUGGAACUGUUGCGUUGUAAGCAACUGUUUCUCAGUUGUGAUUUUCACAUAGAAGAUGCUAUAAAAAAUGUAAAAAAAAAAUAUCUCUGCAGAAAAAUUCAGAUAUGUAUUUUGCUUUUUUAGCUUUUUUUGUGGGAAAAAAGGGUGGCGAAUGAGUUUCUCUAAUACAAAAAUUCCUUAAAAUGCUUAAUGCUAUUGUGGAGGCACCAGUAUUUACAUGUUUAUGUACUUACUGUAUGUGAUACUUUACAUUCAUUUAUCCACUUGUAAUCCAAUUGUAGAAGCGCCUGUAUCUUAAUGUGAUACAAAAGAAUAGGCUUGUGGUAUGAUUAAAUACCAUUACAGGUGUGCUUCAGACUGAACGAUUUACAAUUGUUACAGCAUAAAAUAGAGAAAUUGAACACUGGUUUUAUUCUGAUAAUCAGAAUAGCAUAUGAAAGGACCUUAAAGCCUUGAAUCUUUAAAGUUUGUAUAGGCCAUUUAAAAAAAAAAAAACAUACUAGGAUUAUAAUGAUGCAAAAAUAAUGAUAAAAACAAACAGAAAAAUAGAGGGGAUACACUACUGUAGAUAAUUGUUUGAUUAAUGGGUGUCUGUAGAUUUACAUGUAGAAAACUAGAAGAGAAUUUGAAAGCUGGUAAAAGGCAAACCCUAGUGGUAAGGAAAAUGUAAAUAAAUGAAAAAAUAGGUAUGGGAAAUAUAUAUUUUUUUAAGUAAAAAAGACACUAAGAACAUUUCUGUAAAGAGCUCCGCAGUAUAGGUGACACCAAUCUGAUACUAGACCAUACCGAUUGUGAGGGUCCUUUAGUACACCUACAGGGUCAGACUCACCCAGGCUUGCUAAGCUGUCAUCAUAUUCAAGGGUUCAACUCCUUUUUUACUCUGAUGCUUCUAUUGAUGACAUUUUAAAGAUGUAAUUCAGUCCUCGAAGCACUACGUAAUAUCAGACCAGUAAAACAAAUGCUAUUGUAAGAACAAUGGGCACAGCAUUUAAACUGUGUAAGUACCAAGCUGCAGGUUUUUUGUUCUUUGUUUUUACUCUGUGGCUGCCUAUGUUACACACCACACUUCAAAAAACAAAUAUUGCCAUAGUAUUAGUCACAGGAUGUCCCACUACAUGUUAGAAGAAAGUGUAUGUUAUUAUUAUUUAUUUCUUAGCAGACGCCCUUAUCCAGGGCGACUUACAAUUGUUACAAGAUAUCACAUUAUACAUUAUUUCACAUUAUACAGAUAUCACAUUAUUUUACAUACAAUUACCUAUUUAUACAGUUGGGAUUUUACUGGAGCAAUCUAGGUAAAGUACCUUGCUGAAGGGUACAACAGCAGUGUCCAACAGCAGUGUCCCCCACUGGGGAUUGAACCCGCAACCCUCCGGUCAAGAGUCCAGAGCCCUAACCACUGCUCCACACUGCUGCCCUGUGAAAAACAAAAGCUGUCCCUCCCUUUAGUGAAACAGUGUAAUAUUUGGCCUUGUUUGAAUGUAUGUAGAGUUUAACUUCAGUAAAUAUCAUACUCUUCAAAAUGUUGUAAUACUGUAUGCCUGGCAGCAGUUCAUUUUGUACAGUAAGUAUUGCCCCUCCUUUCUUAAACGCAGUUUGCUGGGGCCGCUCUCUUUAAGAAUGUAUUGGCUGGUAUGAGCCAUGUGAGUCUACUACUGUAAGCAAUGUGCCAUCAGCACAGAGUUCUGUGUAUGUGUAAACUGGAAUGAACAAAAAUGUUGACUUUUACUUUAUAAAUGCACUCUAUUGCUGUUGCUUCUUUUGUACAUUCAAGACUUAAUAAAGUUAUUGUGUCAAAUAAGA